GGAUUGGACGUGCAUUUUUGGCAAAAUGUAAACAAACUAUAAACUUUUAUUUUUCAAAUAUUCUUGGGUACUGCAAUUACCUUAUUUAAAUGUAAUAAUUUUAUAAUAUUACAUUAAGUACUUUCAUUUAAUAGUUACAAUCAAGCAGAAAACUUUACAGAUUUUUUAAUAAUAAUUUAUUUUAUUUUUCAAAUUAUAACCUCGCUGUUUAAUAUGUCUCGUUUGAUAAAUAUAAUUGAAGCCAUCGUAUUUUUGGACUUAUUGGCUGUUGGAUUAAUAGUUCCACAUGUUGGCAACUAUGUGCGUUCACUGGGCGGGAACCAUGUCUAUGUUGGUCUCCUUGGCUCUAUUUAUGCUAUAUUCCAGCUUGUAUCCGGUCCACUUGUUGGAAGUCUAAGUGAUAUUAAAGGUCGUAAAGCCGUUUUGUCUAUAACACUAUUAGCAAGCAGUUUUGGAUAUGCUAUGAUGGGCCUAACUUCCUCUAUUUUUGUUAUAUUAAUGUGUAGAGCUCUAUUAGGAAUAUUCAAACAAACGCAACUGCUGGGCAGAGCAUUGGUGCCUGAUUAUGAAACUGACAAAGUUAGGCAAUCUGUGAUAUAUGGAAAGAUGGCUGCACUAUCCAGUGGAGGCAUGACACUGGGACCUCUUAUCAGUGGACACAUUGUGGAGGAUUACCCUCAGUAUGGCUUCCAAAUAAUUGCUGCUCUGGUUAGCCUUUGUUUUGUUAUAAAUUCAGGAUUGGUUACUCUUUUGCCUAAUACCAUAACACAAGAGAAGCCAGCUGAAAAAAAAACUGGAACAUCUAGUGUGCUACAGAACAUCACAGUUAGUGCCAAACAGUCAUUUCUUCAACUGUACAGUGUUAGUUGGUCCCAGUACUGGGAUGUUUUUCUACUGAAAGCAUUAGUUAGCUUUGCCAUGGGUGUAUAUUACUCAAACUAUUCAGUAUACCUGCAAUAUCAGUACAAUCUUGGUAUAAAAUAUGUGGGAUAUAUCAUUUCAUUCCAGGGUACAAUAGGUUUCAUAGCUAGCUACUUUAUGGGAAACAUAAAUGCAUUGUAUAAAACCGACAGUGACUAUACUCAAAGAAACUUCCAUGUAUUUUUAAUAUUGUCAGUGUCUAUUAUAGGCAUAGUGUUAUCUUUUAAUGUCUACUUGUACAUAAUAUGCUUGAUUCCUUUAGCCAUAGGUAAUGCAAUUGGUAGGUUAGUGACACUAGAAAUGAUAUUAUCUAGGAGUAAAGGUGAACACCGAGGCAUGCUAAUAGGAGCUUCAAAUAGUACAAGGUCCUUGACGGGUGUGGUGGCCCCCAUGGCCGCCGGCCUGAUAGGACACUAUCUAGAUGUAACCUUUGUUAUCUAUGUCUCUCUAUUCUCAACUAUGUUAGGAUGUGUAUUGAGUUACAGCUUAACAAAAAAAGCAGAAAGACUAAAGAAGGUUAAGUAGAAGUUGAAUUAAAUUGUUUUUAAAUUAAUAUAAAUAUUGUUGAAGCAA